AUGGUCUUCCCAUCAUGCGCAGCAGGUAACAUUUCGGAGCUCUCUCUGCCGCCGCGUGGAGUGCUGAAGAACCAGGAGGACAAGGAAGUUGAAUUCCUUUCUUCAUCCAUUGCGCAACUUAAAGUGGUGCAGACAAAAUAUGUGGAAGCAAAGGAUUGUCUGACCGUCUUGAAUAAAAGCAACGAAGGUAAAGAGUUACUGGUUCCGCUCUCCAGCUCUAUGUAUGUUCCUGGAAAGCUUUCAGAUGUCAGCAGUGUCUUAAUAGAUGUAGGGACAGGUUACUAUGUAGAAAAGUCAGUGGAUGAUGCCAGAGACUUCUUCAAAAGGAAGAUUGAUUUCCUGACAAAACAAAUAGAGAAAAUCCAGCCUGCCCUGCAGGAGAAACAUGCAAUGAAGCAAGCCGUGAUAGAGAUGAUGAGCCAGAAGAUUCAGCAACUAACAGCAGCAGGAGCUUCACAGGCAGCAGCAACAAAGGCCUAGCGAACACAGGUUAUUCGUCUAUCUUUAUGGUUCGCCUUUUUGUGAUAUAGUCCAACAUUGCACCUUAAGGUGCAACACUCCAGCCAACUGAAAGUAUGGUGUGGGUUUUAGUGGUGGGGGGGAGAGGAGGGUGCCUCAAUUGUUUGUUUGAAUGUAUGUGGAAUUCUAGUAUGGCCCUCAUCUUGGAACAAUGACAUCUUGAGGAUCCGUCUGUUUGCACUGACAAGCUUUCAGUAGUUCUGUGGCUGGAAUAGUUGUAUGCUAAACUUCAGUGAAAACUCUGUUAUUUGUAAAUGCAUUUGUACAAAAUAAACAGGUAGUAUUACAGAACACA